UCGUACGGACAACGCAACGUAACGUCAUAAUUAUUCUGAGGAAAAUCCGUAUUUUAAUUGACAAAUACCAUAUUUGAAGGUAUAGGAAGUUAGGAACUGAGGUUAACUUCCUGGGCAGUUGUUCUGUGACGCCAUUGUUUGAGAUGGCUCUUGUAAAAGCAGAUGACAAAUCCCUGGUUGUUGUGCCACCUAAAGCAGCGUGGGAGAAGCAGAGGAAACCAGAUAAAAGAAAAGUUCUGGAUGAAGAGGUGUUUGUUAGUGACUUGGAAAAUAUCAUCCAGCGCGACUUCUUCCCGGACCUUAAGAAGUUGAAGGCUCAGCAUGAAUACAUGGAAGCGAUGGAGCGGAACGAUCUGGUCAAGAUGCGAGAGCUGGCCAUCAAGUAUGCGUCCACCUGCCGGACAUCCAGACCGGGAACAUCUUCUCUCACUCCCAUGCAAGAGGGAGAACAAACCCCAUCAACGUUUGAAACCCCCGUACUGGGACAGUUCAACGCACAGGACACCCCGGGGACUACAGCAGAUGAAUACAAGAACGAGGAUAUGCCCCCAAGAGACACGGACUUGACCAAAUUGGAGAAACCUGAGAGCGAUACAUCGGUAACCCUGGACAAGUAUCUCACCAAGUACACCAGCGAAGACAACGCAUCGUUCCGGGACAUUAUGGCCAAGGCGGAGGACAAGCAUCGACACAAGCAUGCCUGGCUGUACGAAGCAGAGCUCAACCAUGCAGCACAGAAUGAGGACAUGCUGAAACUGAAGAGCGCCGAGCAGCUCACCAUCGAUUCCAGGAGCAACAAUGUGAUUGGGUGGAAGUAUGAGGCCAAGAAUGCCCUCAUGUAUGUGCCUGAAGGUGUCGAAGCGAGCCUCGCCGAGAAGAUCCUGCAGAAACCCGAGACGGAGAUCGCCCACACCAACACUCGAUUGACCUCUGACCCCUUCACGAGACCCGAGAGCCUGUCUGGUCUAGCAGGACCAAGCAGACACAAUGGCAGGGUCGGAUCGGACGGGAAAGAGCUGACCCCUGCGGACGGUCCUAAGGUCAACGGGUAUGGCUUUGUGGCUACUCCAUCUCCGGCACCUGGUGUGAACGAAUCUCCAAUGAUGACCUGGGGUGAGAUAGAAGGAUCGCCUUUCAGAUUGGACGGAGGUGACACACCCGUACAAAUAGUCAGAGGACCACAGUUCAAGAUGCCUGGUGUUCCGAGGAAGGAGAAGCUUGGUCUAUCACUGGUCGAUAAGGUCACCAAGAAGAAUCGAGCCAAGAAGGAAGAAGCCUUGAAGAGAGUCACCAAGAACAUUGUCAGCCCGUCACCCAGUCGAUUCGGUUCAGCGAGCCCAAUGGAACGGAUACGAUCGCUGUCAUCAGCGGCGCAGAAGCUCGUCCAAAAAAGCGUCGGUCCUGCGGACAAGGCACUCAGGGCAAGCUACACACCAUCUCCCCAACGCUCGGUCGGUAGUAGGACACCCUCUCUUGGUGGGACCCCCAACAGGACGCCCGGCUCGACCCCCGGGAAGUCACCGGCCUCAAGGCGCGGUCAGUCGGUCAACGCAAGUCCAGCAUCCUCAAGAAGUCACUCAGAACCACCCAGUUUGACGGACAAUUUGCUCAAUUUACCAAAAAGGACUGCUCCUGAUAGACAAAAAGCUACAGAUUUUUUCUGAUGUCUGCAUGGUUUUAUGCAACAGACAAUGAGCUCUAUUGGUAUCUAUUUUCUACAGUAUAUGAACCAAGGCAAGAGCAUUUUAAAUUUUGAUAUGAAAAUGGGCCAGCAGACGGAAGCUGAAUUCGUUGACAAUGACCGAUGUGGGUCGAAAGGAAAACUAUAUAUUCUCACUCAUACAUGCUGUGCAUGUAUAUUGAGAUGUCACUCUUUGAGAGAGUGUAUCACUUUUGUAACACUGUCAUGCUGGACCAGUUAAACAAACGAACAUCGUCUAACCUGCAGUGAAGAGACACUGCUGAGCUGAUCCAUCAUUUAAGAAAUAGGCAUGUUCGUAUUAAAGGUCUAGACCAUUUUGGAAAACGCCCCCCUCUCAAAAAAUGAAAUGGAAUCUCUUAUUACCAACCAUGUGAAAGAAUAUGUUUUGACUAAUAUGUGAUGAUACAAAUUUUGCCGGGAA